AUGAUGGUGGAGGAAGAGGAGCUGGAUACGCGUGCACUUGACCUGGAUGCGGACUUGGAGCCGCGCAGCCGCCCGCGCUCGUGCACCUGGCCGCCGCCGUGUCCCGAGGACUUCCCCACGGCAGCAGAGCUCAGCGGAGCUCCUUGUCCACUGAUAAAGACAGAAGCCGAGAUCGGGCCGCCGUGCAGAUCAGGGCGGAAGAGUGUGAACCCCGCCGAGGUGAAGCGCGAAGCCGGAGCCGCGCCGUUGCCGUGUCUAAGCGGCGCUGCGCUCGAUGUCGCCGGGCAGCUGCGCAAAGCCAAGUCCUCAAGGCGCAACGCAUGGGGGAACCUGUCAUACGCAGACCUGAUCACCCGCGCCAUUGAGAGCACGCCCGAGAAAAGGCUCACCCUGUCGCAGAUAUACGAUUGGAUGGUUCGAUACGUACCUUAUUUCAAAGAUAAAGGAGACAGCAACAGCUCGGCUGGAUGGAAGAACUCCAUACGCCACAAUCUGUCACUUCACACCCGCUUCAUCAGGGUGCAGAAUGAAGGCACAGGGAAGAGCUCCUGGUGGAUGCUGAAUCCAGAAGGGAGUAAGGCUGGAAAAGCUCCCCGGCGACGGGCCGUCUCCAUGGACAGCAGCACCAAGUACCUGAAGUGCAAAGGCCGUGUAAACCGCAAGAAGGUGGUAGGCAGAGCAGUGGUUGGUACAGUGGGGCAGGGAUUUCAUGGCUCCCCAGAGCAGACUAGUCCAACAGGGAAACCUGUCACAGGAGCAACAGGUGUUGGGGAGGAGUUUGAGGCAUGGACUGAUCUCCACUCUCGGACUAGCUCUGCAGCCUCCACACUAAGUCUGUCACCCAUUAUGGCAGGGGAGGAGUUAGAAAACCCAGAGGAUGGUAGGUUGUCCUGCUCUACUUCCCCACAUAUCUAUCCCAGUCCCUCCAGCACUCGCUCGCCUGUGGCACAUUGCCCACCUGUGGAACUGCCACAGCUAGCGGACCUCACCGGAGCCAUCAGCUUAGAAGAAGGUUACCACCACCAACAGCCCCCAUGUCACAAGCGUCCUCCCUACCACUACAGCAGUGGGUCAAAAGUUCAGGGCUCCUACAGUAGCCCAGCCUAUGGACAAGCUGGCAUGAGCAUGCUGUGCCACCAAACACCAUUGCAGACCAUCCAGGAAAAUAAGGCCUCAAGCUUUUCUGGCAACAUGCAGACUUACUCAGGCACAAACACCUUGCAGAGUCUACUUACUGGCUCACAGUACUGUGCUAAGGACAUGAUACUUGGCCAGGAGCAUGAGCCCAUGAUAGUUCCUUCCAGCAGCAGAGUGGGCAACUGUCAUAACUCUGGCCACACACACAAUGGCACACAUGAUCAUAACCCUGCUCAUAGCCACAACAGCACCCACAGUCUCAACCAAUCACACAGCCACAGCUCUGGUUCAAGCAUAGCCAAUAACCCCACUCAUAGCCAUAGUAUGAAUCACACCAUGAGCCACAGCUUGGGCCAGAACCAUCAGACUCAAAGCCAUGCUGUUCACGCUCAACCCAUCAGUGGCCACAUGCAGUCAUACAGCCAUAAAACCCCAUAUCUGUACAGCCCUCCAGCUCACGCACACCUACCUGCCUCAACCACACUGCCACCAAACCCUGCUGGCAUGCAGGGCAUCUCUCAGGACUCUUGCCACCUAGCCACUGCACCACACCCUCACCCCCGGUACAGCGCCACAUACCCAGGCCCACACCAGCAGGCAAUGGCUGAUGGACCAUACCAUCAAGCUCAGGGAUUGGUGGGGGGAGGCGGUGGUUACCAAGGGUACCACCACCCCCAUCACGGCUACCCACAUGAGCGGUUACCAGCAGACCUAGAUCUGGACAUUUUCCAUGGCAGCCUGGACUGUGAUGUUGAGUCUGUUCUCCUCCAUGACAUGUUGGACUCAACAGAGGAGAUGGAUUUUAAUUUUGACUGUUCUAUGGCACAAGGAAUGGGUGUUGGGAUGGGCAUGGGCAUGAGCAUGGGGCUCACAUGCCCACAACAGAGCCACAGUAACCAGAGUUGGGUGCCUGGCUAACGUACCAUGCUUUCCUAUGGACAAUAUAAGAGAUCAAACUACCUUUAAGCCCGCUUACAGCGGGACGCACCGCUUCCUUUCCAGGGAGAUGCACUGUGCGUGACAAAAAUAAAAAAACAUAGUUUCUAAGUUCUGACUUACUCAGCCUGCUCAUCUCUCUGUUUUUUUUCCUGAAAUGGCCCUCUGUUAGACUCUUUCUGCUUAACAUUAACCCUUUGCUCUUGCCGAAUGAACCGUGAUGACAAUCUCAACUGUUACCCAACAUUGCCUUUUUCUCCAGUCAAAUCUAAAUGCUUGAGCACUUUAACUGCGUAAAACAAAUCCAUUUCUUACUCUCACAAUGGUGAGUUAGCACCUGGAUGGCAUGAGCUGUGGCUGGCUUUUUUAUACCCUUAUGGGGCCAGUAUGCAGACAAAUUAAACAGAAUUAAAUUAAACCGAAAAAUCCAAAAUUUCAGCAGGGUACAAAUUCUGACAGUUUAAUUUCUGAACGACCUUAAUAACAUUACUUCUUUUGGAAUAAAAACAAGAAGGCAGCGAUUCCUGCUUUCUCCCCCUCUUUCUCCAUCUAAUUCUCUCAGUGAGAGAUGAUGUUAGAACUCACUCACCUUCUUUUCUCACUGAUAGGUUCAGCUCCCCUGCCAGCCUAGACUGGCCCAUCAUCCUUCAUUGGCCCAUUAACGACUUGAUUGAAAUUCAGUGUCUUGUUUUUAAUCUCCAAAGUGAUGCUGCAGUGAUGCAUCAUUAUUGCAGAUUGAAUACACCCCCUUUCCAUCUCUAGACCUCUCUUCCAUCUCUCACAUAUGUUGAGUGAUGGGCAUGAUUAACACAGUCAUCCAGCACACAGGGAGUCAGUAGACCUGUCUGUUUGUCCAGAAUAGGACACACACUCACACAGAAAAUUAUUUGUAAUAGAAAGAGCAAGGCAUUAGUUAUUAUUUUUGUUUAUGAAAUUGUUAGAAUCCCAUUAUGGCAGUUUGGUCUCUCUUGUGCGUUGCAAAAAUGGGAAGUGUUGUAUUGUAACUCCAUGUGAUGUUUAAUUUUGAGGUGCUAUGAGAUAGACAUACAUUAAUUUUUUAGCAUUAUUUUGAUUUCCUAUGUCAGUAAUCAAAGAUUAAAAAGACAAAAAAAAUAAUCAGGUAAACCUCAACAUAGCCUAGGAUUUUGCCUUAUUUUAUGUGUAAAAAAUGGAAAUGGAAAACAUUAAAAUAGAAAAGGGCUUGCAGUGAUUUGUGGCAGUGGAUAUGUCAGUG